UGCAUGGCGGAGAAAUUGACGUGGUUCGAGUUUUCGAUGAAAACGUGAAGUUAACAGAAGAAAAAAUGAGAGGAUACCUAAAGGAAGCAGAUCUGGAAGAGCAAGGAUUCAUCAAAACUGUGGAAGUCUCCACUGAAACUGACGAAAACGGCAGAAUCACAAGAAAAAGAACAAUUUACUACAGAAAGACAGAUGAUUGCUCACGAGUCAUGUUUUGGGAAAGUAUUUUGGAACAACGCUUGCCGAAGGGAUUGAGAAAUUCAAAACUCGCUUCAACCACCGUGAAAGAGGUCCAAAGUCGCAUCGGUGACCGCAAAACAAAGAGCUGUACCGUCGGUUUGGAAAUCCAUCCAAAUCGAUGUGCAAAAGAAUUUCCAGGUGGCAACAAUGUGAGCAAACGUCGUAUGGCAAGGGGUGUUUGUAGCUGGUGGUGUUUUUUCUGCCGGAGUGCCACCGUGGUUUAUGAUGAUUAA